AAAAAAAGCACAUAUUUCAAAAUAUUUGAUAAGGCAUUUGCACGGGCUACUCAACUCUUUCCCGGGGUCCUGAUAGACCUAGACAGGCUGACAAUUUCAACAUGGCGACUUCCAUCAUCGGUGGGCUUUUAAAGCCUUGGACGCCCAGGGUGGUGGUGAUACGAUGGAGCAGAUAUAAUCCAUACUACCUGGAGCCAGAGGUGAGGAAGGAGGCUCAUGAGAAACCAGAGACGGAACUCAGCGAUGAGGAGAAGGAAGAGCGGGCGCUGAAGGCUCUCAGGCCCAUCAAGGCAGCCACAAACAGCGUCAGCAGCUCUGUUUUUCAUGAUCCUGUUGUCAGUAAAUUCAUCAACUUGAUGAUGAAGCACGGGAACAAGGUUUUGGCAAGAGAGAUCAUGACAGAGACAUUGGAGCAUAUAAAAAGGAAACAGGUGGAGAAGUACCACAAAGCUCCCGAGGGGAAGAGAGAGGAGAUUGAAUGCAACCCUUACACCAUCUUCCACACGGCUUUAGACAACUGUAAACCUGUUGUUGGUCUCGCCAGCAUCCAGAAAGGUGGAAAGUUCUACCAGGUGCCAGUGCCGCUUACAGACAACAGACGGCGCUUCCUCGCCAUGAACUGGAUGAUCACCGAGUGCAGGGAAAACAAGCACCGGCGCACGCACAUGUAUGAAAAACUCUCCCAGGAGCUGUUGGCAGCCUCCGUUAAGGAAGGAAACGUCUUCAAAAAGAAGAUCGAGCUGCACAAGAUGGCCGAAGCCAACAGAGCGUACGCGCAUUACCGCUGGUGGUAGAAUUGCGCACGGCUAAAAAAAUAAAAAAUAAAAAACAUUAAUAAACUUCUGGACGUUGAAAGGUGA